CCUCAUCACCCACCUCACCACCACCAUGUUCACCCCCCUCCCCUCCCACCGCACCGGCCUCUCCAGCACCCAGAUCGCCACCCUCCUCACCUUUCGCGCCGCCCUCCCCCCCCUCAUCUCCAUCGCCCACCUCCGCGCCCUCGCGCCCUCCCCCACCUCCCUCGACCGCGAACUCUCCUGCCUCCUCCACAGCGGCACCUUACGGAAAAUCGAGAUCCCCGGCCGCGGCGCGGGCGCGCGCUCGGUCGGACAUGGCGUUGUGCUGGAGGCGCGGUGGGUGGAUGUGGUGAGGGAGUAUCCUGGGCUGGAGGACGAAUUGAAGGAGAAGUAUAUCGCGCUGAUGCAGGCGCAUCCGGGGGAGGUGCGGGUGGAUGUGCGGCGGGCGGGGUUGGGGAGGGAGGAAGUGGGGCGGUUGGUGGAGGCGGGGUUUUUGACGCGGGUGAAUAGCGCGGGGCCGUCGCGGGCGGGGAGUUUUUUGCGCUUGGGGUUACCGGCGGGGAGGGGCGGGAAGGCGCCGAUUGCGUCGGGAGGCCCGGUGGGGGCGGGGGAGGGGUAUAGCCCCGCGGGGAGCAGCGGCGCAGGCGGACGGGAGGCGGCGGCGGAAGUGUAUGCAUUCUCGCUGCCGAAUACGGGGGCGUAUUUGAAGUUCGUGCAGGGGGCGCGGGAGGCGUUGGUGGGGUUGUUGGGGAAGGGGGGGGCGCAGGUGCGGGAGGCGCCGAUGGAGUUGCUAAGGGAGCGGUGGGAUGGCGGGGUGGCGAAGGAGGGGGACGGGCCGGCGGAGAGGCGGCGGGAGCGGGGGGAGGAUAUGGGGCCGAUGGUGGGGAGGACGAGGAAGUGGAGGGUGUGGUAUGGGUUGGAGUUUGAGUGGGUGUUGGGAGAGGUGUUUGGGGCGGGGUUGGUGGAGUGUUUUGAGACAGGGAGUGUUGGGGUGGGGGUUCGGGUGAGGUGA